UUAUUCAACUACCACUGGGAAACUGAUUGCAAUAAUUUGAUUAUAAUAUUGCCGAAUGUGGAAACAUUAAUCGUCCUGCCGACGAGAUCUCGGAAAAUCGUGCUUUCCACCGACAUCACAACGGAAAUCGGAUGGUUGAGAUCCAGUAGACCAGAGCUUGUCGGUUGUUUUUCCAAUAAAACAACGGUUCCGGCAACUUCCUGCCAUUUUCGAAGCACAGUGUAAUGGAAUUUCCAGUUGGAGUACAAAUUACAACUGACUGCAAAUAGCAAUCAUGGAUAACUGCUGUUUUAACGAAUUCCAGAACGACGACCUUACGAUUUACAGAGGGAACUCAAUCACGGUGUACUUAUGUUCAAGUUGGAUAUUGAAGCUUUGAAUUGUUUCUCGGGGAUCUAGAAAAGUUGUACACACCAAGCCACCAUGGCAUCUAAUGGAAACCAAGCUUCACCAACAGAACCACCAAAGCAAUCACUUCUAAAAGAUCAAAUAUCUUCCCUCAAGAGAAGGCGAUUCCGACGCAUUAAGAGUGCCCCUAUGUCAAAUUCGUUCCCUUCAGAAUCUCAAACCUCCGCCUCCCUUCCACGACCUCGGUCUGUUUUCGAUUAUCUCCACCCAAGUUACAAGAAAGUAGCCAUCAUCUUGUCCAUUUACUUGGGUGCAGGUACGCUUUGCUUUUAUCUCGUUAGACACCAGAUCGAUGGAAAGAAAACCAACCCAGUUCUCGAUGCUCUUUAUUUCACCGUUGUCACGAUGACUUCCGUGGGGUAUGGAGACCUUUUUCCUGGUAGUACUCUUACAAUACUACUUGCCUGUCUUUUCGUCUUCUUGGGUAUGCUUCUUAUCGGGCUAGUGCUGAGUAAAGCUGCAGACUAUUUAGUCGAAAAACAAGAACUACUGUUGGCAAAAGCAUUACACAUGAAUCAAACGAUCGGUACUGCAGAAACGCUAAAACGAAUGAAAACCAACCAAGUGAGAAACAAGUGUAUAUUACUAGUGGUCUUGCUUGUCGUCCUUAUGGCUGCUGGAACGGUCGUUUUGCUUUCUGUCGAGGAUUUGGACUUCAUUCACGCUUUCUAUUGUGUGGUUGCAACGAUUACAAGUUUGGGUUACAUCGAUAAAUGCUUCUCGACAAGAGGUGGGCGUGUUUUCGCGCUAUUUUGGAUAUUGUCGGGUACCAUUUACUUAGCUCAGUUGCUUUUUACUUUUGCUGUGCUACAUACUCAAAGAAGACAAAGGUCGUUAGUGAAAUGGGCUCUUAAAAGAAAGACAACACCUGCAGACUUGGAGGCAGCUGAUCUUGAUGAUGAUGGUGUUGUAGUGGCUGCUGAAUUCAUCCUUUACAAGCUAAAAGAGAUGGGAAAGAUCAGCCAAGAAGACAUGACGCCGAUCAUGGAAGAGUUUGAAAGGCUCGACUUUGAUAAGACGGGUACAUUGUCGGCCUCUGAUGUUCUACUUUCACAAUCAUCAUGGUAUGCCGCAGACAUCCUGCUUACACAAACAUCCGUGUAACAUUACGUUAGAACGUUUUCUACUCUCAUCAAUAGUCUCGUUAAAACAGUUUGAAAAAAUUGGACUUGUUAACGACAUACGGUCUAGUCUGGUCCAGCUAGAUGUCGUGGUUGUUAUUUGAAAAUUUAUUACAUGUAUUUAUGACAUUUGAUUGGGAAAUCAGGGUUUCGUCUA